AUUUGAAAUUAUUUAGAAAUUAAUAAAUUAAAAUUGAUAUUUCAAUGUCAUGAUAUUGAGAAAAGCUUAACUAUAUUGAAAAAGCAUAUUGUUAUGGCUUUUCAGAUCACUUCAAAGCAUUGCGAGUAAAGACGAUGAGGCUCAGAGAGAGAUGCCCAGCACAGGAUUUCCUGAUUGGGAGGUUGCCGGGGCCUUCAAGAAUUUAAAUCUUGGAAAUCUGGAAUCCCUUAAUUCUGAAACCCUGGAUUUACCUUUAAAGAAAACCUACUCUAAAAGUUCUAACUCUAGAAGUUCAUCAGUUUCAAACUUUUCCAGUGUUUCCCAGCACGGGAAGCUCAGAGGGCCUCCUGUAAACAUUGUUGCAGUGUGUAAGGAUGAGGAAAAAACAAGGAAGGAUAAUGACAACCCUGUAUUAAUCAAGAAAGAUAUAAAAUCAAAAAUAAAGAACGGAAAACUAACAAAGAAUGAGAUUGACACAGAAGAGAAACCUAACAAAAGAUCUACAAAACUUAAAUCCGUCGGAAAUACAAAGAUGACUAAAGAAGAAGAUGUCAGACCAAAAGAAGAAAUUGUAGUGGAGACUUUUAAUUCUUUAAAAGAUUGUAUAACAGACCAAGAUAGGUUUAACUAUUUGUUUAACUUCUAUUCUAAAUGGGUUCCUAGUCAGGAUAAUGCUGGCUGUAUAACACUGCCACAGCUGAGUAAAUGGUUAAAGAAUGCUGGGAUUAUAGACGGAAGAAAGUUGACAAAUAUAGAAGUGGCGCAAUUCUUCAAUAUUCAAGUUGGAGCUGGGAGCUCUUUACCCAGGACAGGAGUAGUUAGGUUUAUACAGAUGCUGAGUAACAAAAAAGGAAGAAAGAAUGAAUCCUGGAAAAUGAAAUUGGUUCAGGACAUAAUCGAGGAUUCUGACUGCGCUAAAGAUUAGAGAUUGGAUCAAUAAACUACAUCACUUAAAACAUUUUUUUUU